CUCCCUCCCUUGCCGGGAUGCCCAGAGUCCUCGGCUGAGACGCGAGGCUCGGCAACCCUCUCCCAGCAGUGCGGCCAGGGCCGGGCCAUGGGUAGCGGGAGCAGCAGGAGCAGGCGGGUGCGGAGGCAGUUGCGCAACCCUGACAGGAACCCAGGGGUCCCUGGUGUCCAGGAGUUGGGCGAUGGGCAGCAGGGCACUGAGGCCUGCCAGGAGGAGGAAGACGGGAAGGAUGGGCAGGAGGAAGGCUCAAGAAAAGGGGCCCACGGGGACUGCGCUGUCCAAGACUCUGAGUCGCUCCCAAAUGCGGAGGAGGAGCCGGAGUCAGAGUCACUGCUGCUGGACCAGGUACUGGCCGAGUCGGAGGCCUGGGACCCAACAUUCAAAUCCUGGCCGAGUCGGGCCUCCCACUCUCGGCCGGGGCCGAACCCACACUUGGGUGGGGCUGCCCACUCCCAGGCGAACCUCAGCGGCAGCGGAGAGCGCAAGGUAUCUCCUGUACGGAACACCCUGGAUAUAGAGAACAAUAACAACUUUGAGACUCCUACCAGGAGCAGCAAAAGGCCUGAAAGACAAACUCCCAUCUUGUAUGACUGCUCAGAAGAGGAGCUGAUGGCAAGCAUUGAGCGAGAAUACGGUCGCUGAAGGGUGACAUGCGCCAGGGAAGAUCUGUGACUUUAGUUGACAGUCCCUGAGCCCUGAAAAAGGCUCAUUCUCCAUGGAGAAGAGAGGCAACAUCAGUUUCUGGCCCUGCCCCCACACCAAUUGGCCAGAAGUUCACAUGAUACAUAAGCCAGUGUGGUCAAGUUACUACUCUACUAAGGGAUUCAUAUCUCUAGUAGGCAAUAGGGUCAGUGGGGAGGAAGGUGUAGGGUCCUCCAGUAAGAAAACAACCAUUUCUGAGAUGCAUUUAUAGAUCCAUAGACUAUUACACCUGGAUGGGGCCUUAGAAACCAUCUGGUCCACCUUCUGUAUUUUACAGGUGAGGAACCUGACUUUCUAAGGUCAUACAAGAUGGUAAUUGCCUGAGCCAGGACUUGAAACCGGGUCUCUUGACUAUUCAGCUGGUACUCUUUCCACUGUACGAUCCUACCUUCCACUUGAUAGAUGGCUUUUAAAAAUGUGCCCUUUCAGAAGUCAGCCUCAAAGCACAGUCUUAGGCAUGGCUGGCCGUCCAGAGUCGCUGUUUGAAGUGUCUGGUCAAGGACUGUACUGAGAACCAUUCUUACGUGGAGCAGUGGAAAGAAACCCUGUCUCUGUGGUAUCAGAAAACCUGACUUCAAAUCUCAACUGAUAUUUAGUGAUCGUGGGCAAGUUACUUGUUGUUCAGUCAUUUUUCAGUCAUGUCCCACUCUUUGUGACCCCUUUUGGGAUUUUCUUAGCAAC